GAAUCCUUGACGGAAAUUUGGACAUGCGAAAAAGAAAAAGAAAAAAAAAAUCUGACUUCGCUGCGCGGCGGUCAUAAUAAAUUUAAAAAAGAACGAAGACCCUUGGUGUUAAUUCCUGAGAUUCAACAAAAAAAGACCUCAAGCAAAACUCCGCCAGAAACAACAUCCACUGCUAUAAUGACUGUAGAUGGAACUAGCACUCUUGGAGAGGAUGCCAUCAGCCUUGGAUGCCACCGUGAAAAGAUGCACGCUGAGUGCCAUAAAAAACACCCAAAUCUGUCUAUUCUACAAGACAAAAUGGCCCGAACUAGUGUAGAGAGAACAGUAUACUUAGAAAACCAUUCGACAGUGGAGACCCUUGACGAGUACCCUGCACUGCGAUUUCCAGUAAUACUUCUUGCAGAAACAAACCACCAGCUUGAUGUUGACGUUGAUCGCAGCAUUAUGUCAGGAAUGGGAAUUGUAGCAAGAAAAAUUAUAGAAGAAUGCCAACGACGAGCCACAGGACGGGAUCUCUUUAAAAUGUAUAACGAUGCCAAGGAUGCAUUUGCGGAGGAGUCCCACAGAGGUCUUCUCGCCACAUUGCUCCUGCCACAUUUAUUCAGGGAGGACCCCAAUGCCAUUUAUUUCAUCAACAAGGACCCAGAGGUUCCAACGCCGGUACUAAUCAUUACCGGAAACUCCUUCUUGGAGGCUACGUUUGGUGUGCGUCUGGACUACACAGAUAUCCUCACCCACAAAGUUGAUGACAUCACCCUCGGGCUUGCAACUUUGAUGUCAAUUUAUUUCGUGUUCUACAUAGAAUACCACACAGUGUUUCCCAUACAUUGACUAAUCUGUGGCGGGGCGCCACGAAAUAAAAAUCGGCCGCCACAGAACAAAAUUCUAUGUUUAAUUUAAUUUAA